UAAAUGAAUGACUCGCUCGUUAUCUAACUAAACAGAUGACAUUGUCGAUCACAUUCGAGCCUUGUGUCACUAUUGUUCCUGCUCUGUAAGAAAUCUUUGGACCUUUGAAAUCUUAAGAAAAUUUCUUGCCAAUGCAAAAUUUUUUUAAAGAAAAUAUGCCCGGAUGCGACGCACAUAUAUAGCGGUGAAAUUAUGAGUGUGGAAUGACUCUUAAAGGCUCUAUUCCGGCACACACGUUUCCAACUGAACAGCAAAGUUGAAGUCUUUUUCAAUCAGGUUUUACGAUCGACAGUUGCACUUGGACGGAAUAUUUCUUCUGUUUAAAGACAGUCGAUUUGAAACAUGGGUUGCUUUAGCUGUUCGAGACUUAUGAAUCCACCUGCUGGUAAAAAUGAGGCAUAUAAACCCACUGUGAUUGAACAAACAGCGAAUAUCAUUACCCAUGGACUGUUUGUAAUGCCAGCUGUUUAUGCAGCAUUGCGUCUUCACCAAAAUUCUAGACUGCUAUCAGCAAGCCAUCGUUUUAUUGCUGAAGUGUAUGGAACUGCUUUUAUCCUUGUCUUCUUGAUAUCAACUUUAUUUCAUGUUGUCAGCCUGACUGGAAAGGCCAGCUCCUUGAGAUUCUUUCUGCAUUUGAGUGAUCGUGGCAUUAUUUAUUUCUUCAUUGCAGCUUCAUACAUGCCAUGGCUAGUGUUAAAAGAUGUUGGCCAGUAUGGAGAUCUAAUAUCCUGGCUUUUAUGGUGUCUUGCUGCGACUGGCACUGUUUAUACUUACAUGUUCCAUGAAAGAUAUAAGACAGUAGAAACUGUUCUGUAUCUGAUCGUUGGAAUAUGUCCAUCUCUUCCCCUAGCUUUUGCCUCAACGGACUCCGCUGGUCUAGCCGAGGUAGCACUGGGAGGAGCCUUUUACGUCAGUGGCGUAGUGUUUUUUAAAUGUGAUGGACGAAUACCCUUUGCGCAUGCUAUCUGGCAUUGUUUCUGUGCCACAGGAGCAUGGUGUCAUUUUUAUGCUGUCUACACGCAUCUAUACUUGGAAAAACACUAGUUACGAAUUUCCGAUCGUAGAUCGAUUAUACGUCGGGCAUAAUCGUGCAACCUGGUCUCCAGUGUUCUCGGAUGUUAUUGAUACUGGAUGAGGUGUGAUUGCAUAUUGAACUGUAAGCGGGUUGUGGACAGAAUAUUUUGGACUGAAUUUCAUAGAAUGUUUGCACGGAAAUAGUAGUAUCUCGCAAUUUUGAGUGAGGUGUGGAGGAAAAGAAAGGAAACUCUAUGUGCAGUGAAGCGUAAAUUUUACUUAGUGUGUAGCAGUUUAAUCAUAUUUAUUGAAUUCUAUACAUUGUACAGUGUAGUUCUCGUAAAACACCGACAAAGUUGUCUUGCUAUUUAGGGCUCAGAAAAUAAGCAGAGCAACAAUAAUUCUUACAAAAGAAACAUAAUUUUUAAGUUUGCAAAAAAAUCUUGCACAUUACUCAUGUGAUCUUCAGUUCCAAAUGGUCAUUGUACGGUUUUUAUUUACACUUAAGAAAAACGUUAUGGAACUACGACCUAAGAUUACGUUAUACAGAUUCGGAAACUAUUGAAAUAAAAUACAACAGAAUCACAGAAAAGCAGUGGCGAGACUAUGAAGUAAAACAGGAAAAACCAAAACAAAACUGCCUAAAAAAAUUAAAAAAAAAAAAAAACAAACGUGUACGACAUAUAAUACAGUAAGAAUUUAAAAAAGAAAAUGAAAACUAAUAAAAGCGAAGAAAGUCGGAUUAUCCUAUUCAAUAUACGUGCCCCCUUUUUUUUUAUUUGAAAAAUUGAGGGGGCAGAACCUGCAAUUAGUUUUUUAUUCAAUUCCUAUUUAUUCCCGCCGGUGUAUUCACGCCUCGAUAUCCUUGGAAUAAGAAUUGUUUAGGAUCCUUGGGUCAAGUAGGAAAACCAAUAUUUUAACCGUAACUCUUGCUGAUUAGCAUCAUAUUCUCUUUAGCCAACGUCAGGUCACUGAUUUUAAUUGAAAUUUUAAUCAAGUUUUAAAUAGUUAUGAUGUGUAACGCACACUCGCAUUAGUCGAUAGGUGUGUACAGAUAAGAGCAUGGAAGCAUGGUGGUGCCGUUUCAGUUUUCCGCAUAUUUUUAAAGAAAUCUUUCAUUAAAACAUCAGAGGCCCAUUAACGUGUCAACAUAGCCUCGGGGGGAUUGAAGGAUUCCAGAAAGUUAUCCAGACCCAAAACGGCGCAAUCAAAGUUCUAACCGUCUUUAAUUCUCCCAAUCCUUUUCAGGCUAAGCGAUGAAAACGCGCAAGAGCUCUUUUAGUAUAGCUACUGUCUAGAUUUCAUGAGAAAUUAAUUCUUUCCAGGUUAUGUAUGAUAGCAUGGCAUAUCAUGUUGAAUUUAAAUAAUGUCCCGAGCAGAAUUUAUUUGACUCCAAUUGUCUUACCGCAAAGAGGGUUAAUUUGAAUUGAAGAUGUCGAAAACUGAAGAAAGCAGAAAUAAAACAAUGAAAAUUAGCGGGUAUAUAUUUGUUUGUAAAUUUAUGUAUUUUAUAAACCAGUUAGAGUGCCAAGCAACCUUCUGUGUAUGAAGUACAUGUUGAUAAAUUACUCUUCCUGAA